ACACGCGGCCGAGCAUGGCGCUGUACGGGGCCGCGGCGGCCGUGUUGGCCGGUGUGGAGAGCCGCCAGGGCUCCAUCAAGGGACUAGUCUACGGCAGCCGCUUCCAGAAUGUGAAGCAGCUGUACGCGCUGGUGUGCGAGACGCAGCGCUACGCCGCCGUGCUGGACGCCGUGAUCGCCAGCGCCGGGCUCCUCCGCGCCGAGAAGAAGCUGCGGCCGCACAUGGCCAAGGUGCUAGUGUAUGAGUUGCUGCUGGGACGGGGCUUUCGAGGGGGUGGGGGCCGAUGGAAGGCUCUGCUGGCCCGACACCAGGCCAGGCUGAAGGCCGAGUUGGCCAGGCUCAAGGUUCAGCGGGGUGUGAGCCGGAAUGAGGAUCUGUUGGAAGUGGGCUCCACACCUGGUCCAGCCCCCCAGAUACCUCGGUUUGUGCGGGUGAACACCCUCAAGACCUGCUCUGAUGAUGCAAUUGAUUAUUUCAAGAGACAGGGGUUCUCCUACCAGGGGCGGGCAUCCAGCCUGGAGGACUUAAGGACCCUCAAGGGGAAGCAUUUUCUUCUGGAUCCCUUGUUGCCGGAGCUGCUUGUGUUCCCUGCCCACACGGAUCUGCACGAACAUCCCCUGUACCAAGCUGGCCACCUCAUCCUACAAGAUAAGGCCAGCUGUCUCCCAGCCAUGCUGCUGGCUCCGGCGCCAGGCUCCCAUGUCCUCGACGCAUGUGCUGCCCCGGGCAACAAGACCAGUCACCUGGCGGCUCUUCUCAAGAACCAAGGGAAGAUCUUUGCCUUUGACCUGGAUGCCAAGCGGCUGGCGUCUAUGGCUACGCUCCUGGCUCGGGCUGGAGUCUCUUGCUGCGAGCUAGCCGAGAAAGACUUCCUGGCAGUCUCGCCCUCAGACCCGCGUUACAGUCAGGUCCAGUACAUCCUGCUGGAUCCUUCCUGCAGUGGCUCUGGUAUGUUGUCCCGACAGUUGGAGGAGCCCGGGGCAGGCACACCCAGCAAGGAGCGCUUGCAUGCCCUGGCAGGGUUCCAGCAGCGAGCUCUGUGCCAUGCGCUCACUUUCCCCUCCUUGCAGCGUCUUGUCUACUCCACAUGUUCCCUUUGCCAGGAGGAGAACGAAGACGUGGUUCAAGGUGCUCUACAGAAGAGCCCAGGGACUUUCAGGUUAGUGCCUGUCCUACCCUCCUGGCCCCAUCGAGGGCUUGGCACCUUUCCAGGUGCUGAACACUGCCUCCGGGCCUCCCCCGAGACCACGCUCACGGGUGGCUUCUUCAUCGCUGUUCUUGAACGGGUGGAAGUGUCAAGCUCAGUGCCUCAGACUGAAACACUGGGGCCAGAACUCACACCCAGCUCAACCCGAAAGAGAAAGAAGCGGCGGCGAAAACCAGCGGCUGGUGCUAGCCCACCGCCUCGCACAUAG